GGACUGCGUGAUACCAGGGUUACAUCGUAUGACAAGCAGAACAUUUCUUCGGUUCUUCACCUCAUCCUCGAACAUCAGAAUGUCCGACCUCCCUACAAGUUUCGGUCCGAAGCCCACCGCAUCUGCCAGUGCAAGACCACCACCUCCACCAGCAACAUUCGCUCACUCCUCCUACCCGCUUAUCAUCGACCUCUUUACCUCCCUCCUCCCUCCUGCACCUCACCACCUGCCUAUCCUCUACCACACUCCCCGGAAAUCAAAUGCACCUGUCAACAAGCUCAUACUCUCCGUCACUCCCACCUCGGGUGUCUAUGCAGGUCUGACCCCACGCACAGCGGUCUUCCUGCACAGACCCUGGGCAUUGGAGAGGAGGAGGCUUUUCGUGGGAAAUCUGGUCUUGACGAGUCAUCAACGCUUGGAUGAGGUCUUGACCACGGGUUACAAUUUGGCCCUGAUGGAUUCCCUCGGGCUAGGCGCCGGGUCUGGAGCGAACGAGGGGGCUGAAGAGGGAAGUACGGGGGGAAGAGGGGAGAUCGUCGGGUAUAAAGGCGAUCCGGAGAGGAAGAUGGGGGUCGUCUUCCCCGUCCCGGACAAUCUGAGCGGAAGGACGGUAGUCGAAUGGAGGGAAGCUUUAGAAAAGGAGUUUGAGGGUCUUGAGGGGGACAACUUUGAGGACCUAUUAGGAACCGACUCAUCAAUUCCAGCUUCGACACCAAUUUCGACGACAGCAGAGGAGGAGAAGGACCAGCUGGCAAAGUCGGUCACGAUAGCGGACUUGCCUGCACCGAAAUAUAUCGCAUGCAUGAACGCCUUUGAACCGACCAUCAUCGAUCGACUCCGCUACAUCCUCUCCAAUGCUUCUCCAGAUCCGGAUAACCCGCAUGACUCUCCCCUGAACUCCCUAUCGAGUCCGACGGCCGACCCUAUGCCAGUCAACCCCUCCUCGAUCCUCUAUAUAACCGGCGAACCGCGUCCUUUAGGCCUCGAGACUGCCAAAUCUCUCCAGAUGCCAACACUCUUCGUCGGCCAUAACCGGAGUGAAGUCUGGGCUAUCAAGUGGUUAGCUCAACAAGCUAGGCAAAAGUUGGGAGACGGCGUGGAAGUUAUUGUUGUGGAUGAGGAAGAGGUCGUACCUCCCAAACCCGAGAAACCUGCCAAGGCUCCGAGACCGAAGAAGGAUGGAGCAAGGGGUGGUCAUACGGGUAGAAAACGAAAAUCAGAAGAAAAACAGGCGCAGGAGACAAAGCCCAGGGGUAGCGAACGCGAUGAGGCGCCCAGCUCUUGUUCAUGAUGA